UCACGUGUUUUUUUUCAGUACGAUUUCAAACAAUAACAAUAAUCAUCCUCAUCGAAAUCUCAAAGUACUCCGUGACGAUUGAUGGCUUAUCAUGCAUGUAUUUCGGGUUUUUUUCAUUAUUAUUUUUGCUUCUCUGGAACACGUGAUUGACAGCCGUUCGCGGCGUUCGGACUGCGCGUGAAUUCGGGGACUUGUGGCGGGAGUGGCUCUCACGCCAUUGGUGGAAAAAGUUUGCCUGGCAGGCGGCUCCGGCUUCCGAUUGGGCGACGGAAGCGGCCCCGCCCUCAACUUGAAAAAAAGCGCUGGUCCAGGCGGGCGGAUCAAUCCGAGGCGACUCGCUCGGCAAGCACUCCACCAUGGCGGCCUGGGCAAGCUCCACGCAGCGCUCCUGCUUCUUCUGAGUGCUGGAUUACUUUUCAGGGCCCUUUUUUGUUUUUUGGGGGGGUGGGGUUGUCUUUUGCCGCCCGCGGUGCGGGGCGUGCGGGUGCUUCGCUGCGCUCCGGACAUGAGUGAGAGGAGGCGUUCGGCCGCCGCUCUGAGCUCGCGAGCCAGCGCGUUCUCCGUGGAAGCCCUCAUCGGCUCCAGCAAGAAGCGGAAACUCCGGGCAGCCGCCGCCGCCGCCGCCGCCGCCGGCGGCGUCUCCGGCGUCGGCUGGGACCACCACAAGGACGACGAAGACGACGACGACGACGACGGCCUCCACUUGGACGAUCCGGCACACUGCCUCGACAUGGACCCGGACUCGGAGGCGAGUCCGAACGGCUCGGACGGCUCCGACCUGGCCGACCGGACGGCGUGCUCCUUCGGCCCGCUGCCGUCGACUGGGGCGGCGGCGCCCCCCCAGCUGGCCGCCUCGUCCUCUUCCUCGUCCUCCCCGCUGGCGGCGUCCAUGGACGAGAUCCACGUGGAGCUGCAGUGCGCCGACCUGUGGAAGCGAUUCCACGACAUCGGAACCGAGAUGAUCAUCACCAAGGCCGGCAGGAGGAUGUUUCCCGCCAUGCGAGUCAAGAUUGCCGGCCUGGACCCUCACCAGCAGUACUACAUUGCCAUGGACAUCGUGCCCGUGGACAACAAGCGAUACCGGUACGUGUACCACAGCUCCAAGUGGAUGGUGGCGGGCAACGCCGACUCGCCGGUGCCCCCGCGGGUCUACAUCCACCCGGACUCGCUGGCGUCGGGCGACACGUGGAUGCGGCAGGUGGUCAGCUUCGACAAGCUCAAGCUCACCAACAACGAGCUGGACGACCAAGGACACAUCAUCCUGCACUCGAUGCACAAGUACCAGCCCCGCGUUCACGUCAUCCGCAAGGACUUCAGCAGCGAGCUUUCGCCCAACAAGACGGUUCCGGCCGGCGAGGGCGUCAAGACCUUCAGCUUUUCCGAGACCGUCUUCACCACCGUCACCGCCUACCAGAACCAGCAGAUCACCAGACUAAAGAUCGACCGGAACCCCUUUGCCAAAGGUUUCCGGGACUCCGGCAGAAACAGGACGGGCCUGGAGGCCAUCAUGGAGACGUACGCUUUCUGGAGGCCGCCGGUCAGGACGCUCACUUUUGAAGACUUCACCAACAUGCAGAAGCAGCAAGGCGGCAGCACGGGCACGUCGCCGACCACGUCCAGCACGGGCACGCCCUCCCCCUCCGGAGCCGCCCACCUGCUCUCCCCGUCCUGCUCGCCGCCCGCCUUCCACCUGCCGCCCAACACCUUCAACGUGGGCUGCCGGGAGAGCCAGCUGUGCAACCUGGGCCUGUCCGAGUACCCGCCGUGCGCCCGCGGCAACAUGGCGGCGCUGCAGGGCUACGGCGGCCUGGCGGACGGCUCCUACGGACGCCUCCAGGCGGCGGGCGGAGGCAUGGCCACCGCCCAGCCCGCCGACUCCUUCUUGACGCAGAGGACUUCCUCCUUGAUCGGCAUGCAGGGCGGCGCUUCCGGCGGAGGCGGCGGCGGCGGCGCUGGCGCUGGCGGCAAAAUGGAUGCCUACGGAGGCCAGCUGGGCACCUUCCCCGCCUCGCAGCUUCAGUACGUGAUGCAAGCGGGCGCCGGCGGGUCCGGGGGCGCCCCGGCCGGCGCUCCCUCCGGAUCCUCCCCGUCCUCGGCUCACGUGUUCGGCGGGGGCCCCCACCACCACCACCACCACGUGCAGCAGGGCUCCUACAACGCCUUCUCCCUGCACAACCCCUACAACUUGUACGGAUACAACUUCCCCGCCUCGCCCCGCCUGGCCGCCAGCCCCGAGAAGCCGCAGGGGGGGCUGCUGUGCUCCUCCGCCCAGGCCGGCGCCUUUGCCGAGCGCCAGUACCUGUCCAACGGCAACAUGGAAACCAUGCACAUGAUCGGCAACGGCGGCGGCGGCGGCCAGCAGCAGGGCGGCGCCGCCUGCGACGGCCGCCAGUAUGCCGCCCCUUCCCAGAUGUCCAUGCACAUGGUGUAGAGACUCGGGGAUUGUGGGGGGGCACACAGCGUUCUUCUGACGCAAAAUCGGAACAUUUUUAACCUUUUAAAAAAGGAUGGGAGCUUGCGAAUGCGCCCCCUCUUCUUAAAAAGCUCUUCACGGGGGUGGCCUCACGACUAUUUAAGGUGAUUUUGGGGGCGGCAGCGGGCGGUCUCAGGUUUGGAUGCUUCAGGUUGGAAGUAGGGGUGGCGGGGCGCGGCAAAGGGGCUACGCUUCAACAGUUACGCCGCCCGAUUCCACUGCAAGCGAUUGAGUGUGGGGAGAAGGGGGGCAUUUUCAACGGGAUCCGGGAACUCGUCUUUUCGGAGAUGUGAACGCCCGAUACCGACCGCCGGGAACAUCCGUCCACCCCACAGCAAAAUCCCUUGACAGACUGAAACCUGCCGCCACCAUUUUGGAGUGAAUUAUGUCUCUUAGCAUAUAUAUAUAUAUAUAUAUAUAUAUAUAUAUAUAUAUAUAUAUAAAUAAAUAAAUAAAAUGCCGAAUGCAAUCACUAAGCUUAAACGUGUGAAGUUAUCAGCAAUAGCAAAGCAGAGUUGCUCAGGUGUGUGUUUUGUGGUAUUUAAGUGCUGAGCAGUCCACCGGUUGUUAUACAAAUGGGUGACAUAGCAAAAAAGAGUCCAUUUUUUUGUGCAAAUGUAAAUAAAAAAAAAAAAAAUGUGCCAAGCACGUAAAAAGCUCAAUAAACAUUUUAGUUCA